AUGAAGUUUGAAAAUAUCCUGGAGGAGAUCAACGGCUUCGGGCCUUUUCAGAUCCUCCUCAUCGUCAUGCUCUGCACCCCCCGGAUCGUCCUCCCCUGUCACUUCUUGUUGAACAUCUUCAUCGGCGCCACGCCUCCUCAUCACUGUGACUUCAGCAGCCUGGGUGACGGAGAUCUCUUCACAAAUCUAACUCGAGAACAAAGACUGGUGGUCAGCGCCCCGCUGCGGGACGAUGGAGCCCCCAGGUCAUGUGAGAUGUUCACUGAGCCUCAGUUUCAUCUUUUAUCCAACGGCUCCGGCGCCGAGCUGCCCACGGUUCCCUGUCGCAGCGGAUGGGUUUACGACAACUCCACCUUCACCUCCACCCUGGCAACAGAGUGGGACCUCGUGUGCGACAGUAAAAGUUUGACGAAGACCACGAGUACGAUCUUCUUCGUGGGCGUGAUGAUAGGGGCCAUAGCCACUGGAUACCUCUGUGACAAAUAUGGAAGGAGAAACAUUCUCUUGGCCUCGUACAUCAUGUCCUUGGUGUUCAGCUACGCCAGCGCUUUUGCAAACUCCUACGUCAUGUUCGCCGUCCUGAGGUUUCUCACCGGGUUCGGCCUGACGGGAAUCGGCAUCAACUCGUUGGUUCUAACCAUUGAGUGGGUGGACACAGACCACCGGUCGUUCAUCGGUGUGAUCGGCAGUCUGUCCUGGUCGGUUGGGAACAUGCUACUGGCGGGUUUUGCCUACCUGGUGAACGACUGGCGGAAACUGAUCAUGACAGUUUCGGCUCCUCUGGGUUUGGCAAUUUUGACCUGGUGGUGGAUUCCUGAAUCCGCUCGGUGGCUUCUGGUGAACGGUAGAGCGGAGGAAGCUCAGGUUUACCUCGACAGAUGUGCAAAGAUCAACAAGCGACCAAAACUGUCGACCAAAUUCAAACUGCAGACUCUCUGCGACACUGAAAACCCAGAUACAGAAAAGAAGAGCCACAGUUACCUUGAUCUGAUCAAGACCCCGAAGAUGAGACAGAUAACGCUGAUAACUGGGAUUGUGUGGUUCGGAGUCGCCUCCACGUAUUACGGAAUCAGUAUGAACAUCGGCGGGUUCGGACUCAACAUGUACCUCACACACUUCAUCUAUGCAGCCAUCGAAGUUCCCGCCAAGCUGACGGUCUACUUCACCCUCAACAUCAUCGGACGCAGGAAAUGUCAAUCAGGGACGCUGCUACUGACGGGGAUCUGCCUCGCCAUUAACAUCUUCCUUCCAAAAGAUCUGUGGCUCCUGCGCACCGUCGUUGCUAUUCUUGGAAAAGGUCUCUCGGAAGCUGCCUUCACGACCGUCUUCCUCUACACGACCGAGCUUUACCCGACUGUCCUCAGACAAAAUGGUUUGGGCUACACCAACUUCAUGAGUCGUCUGGGCGUGGCCAUCGCUCCUCUCAUCCUGCUGCUGGAGGACGUGUGGACUCUUCUCCCUCAGAUCAUCAUCUGCUCUGUGGCCGUCGUGUCCGGCCUCGCGGCGCUGCUGCUCCCAGAGACUCUGAGGGUGAAGCUGCCGGAGACCAUUGAGGAGGUGGAGGAGCAGAGCCAGAAGAAAUAACGUCUCUUCUCACUCUGCGGAAACUUCUCCUGGAAUCAGAAACCACAAACAGAGAGUGACAACACAAGAACAACACUUUGUUCGUUGAGCUCGAACACUUCACACUGAACUGUGACCUUGGAGCCAAAUAUAUUUUAUGGCUGCCGCCCCUGACUGUUGUGCAAUGGAUUUCCUACUGUUAAAUCUUAAUAUCUGUAGCAGAAGUGUUAUCUCAUUUAUUAUAAAUACUUUUAUAAGUAUGGACUUUGGAUCUGACUGUUAAUACUGUUAGUAUUUUUCUAUCGUUAUCUGUUUCUCACCACUUUUAUUGUUUUAUUGUUUUAUCUUAAUUAGUUUCCCUGCCUCAUUUCACCUCACAACGCUUGUUCACUUCCUGUUUAAUGUUGUUCAGCUCAGUGCAUGUGGAAGUUUAUCAUGUUUAUUACUUUUAUGCUGUAAAACAUGUUACAUUUUAUGAAAAGUAAAAUUAAAAUAGAGUGUUAUUGAUUGA